AUGAGCUUGUCGAAACAAUCGAAAGGUGGCGCUUCUCAGCUUCCCCAAAGCGUUAAAGUUCGCUCGACAUGUAAUGCAUGUCAGCAGGCUAAGAUUCGCUGCAGUCAUGAGAAGCCAUCGUGCCGUCGUUGUCAGAAACACAAUCUUGAUUGCAUUUAUAGUGUUUCGAGGCGAUUGGGACGACCAGCCAAAAAAAGAGGUUCCCGCGUGGGACUGGAAGAAAGCGAGAAUAGUCCUAUACCAAAGAGAAAGUGUGAGCCGUUUGAGCAUGAGAAGAAAACACGCCGAACUACUCGAAAGAAAGCAAGUAGGGCUAGCUCUGGAACAUUGCUACCAGGUCGAGCUACCAGGGCUACCGUGAAAGAUGAAGACGAGGAUCUAUAUACAGCUUCUAUCUCGACUGAGAGCAUUAUGGAUGAUUCAUCAGCACUUGAAAUGGAAUUCACGACGGAUUCAUGGCUCCAAGAGGCUGCUUAUACUCGCCCCAGUGGUGGGUCUGACAGCCAACCUAUACAAGACGCUUAUGCAGACCUGGAUCUGGAAGAUAAAUUUGAUUCGCUACCAUAUUAUAUGAGACAUCCAGCCUCAGCACAUCCACAUUCAUUAGGAGACUCUUUCUUCCCACCCAUUCCCAUAGGGCAAGGGUUGAAUCCAAAUCAAAUGAGCAUUGAAUGCGACAUGAAAAACUUCCAGCAACAUGCAGAUCAAACUUCAUAUCUAGAAAUGAAGGACAAAGCUGAAAUCUCCCCGUGGACAUAUGGAUCUGCGCCCAAUUUUGACAUACAGCCCAUAACAGAUCAAUGGGGUCUGGACAGAUCAUAUCCAUCAAACGCGAUGUUACUAAAUAGCUCACCACCAAACUGCUGUCCUCUUCAGUCUCCCGCAGCAAGUCAAGACAGCGAUAUAUACUCAUCAGAAGCGCUGGACUUUUUGAAUUCGCUAGAUUCAACUCCAAGCUUCACUUGCAGCUGCUACAAGCAAGCGAUGAGCGAGCUGAUCCGAUUGGGUCUUAGCGCUGGACCAGACGGUUCCUGUAGUAUUGAUAGAAUUCUUGCAUGUCAGAAGAAUCUAUUAAUCCAGACAGAGGCCAUUUUCGAAUGCAAAAUGUGUUCGCAGUCCGAAGUCCAGGCUAACAUACUUAUGAUCAUCAUUGUGACUAUUGAUAGUCUUCUAUCUACCCUUGAUGGAGCCAUUCCAAGACCUGGUAUUGACGAGAGAGAUAUAUCGAUCAAGCCAGCCCAGGCUGUCAGCGGAGGAGAGUUCGAUGUUAGAGGCGGUGGUGGUGCUGGUGCUGGUGGUUUCAAACCAUAUGUUGACGCUUGUCCUUUAGUUGUUGGUGGAUUUAGUAUUCCUAUGGAGGAAAAGUCAUAUUUUGCUCAGCAGGUUUUACAAGCUCGUUUGUCUAUGCUUCUGGUUACUAUUCGGCGUAUUCGUGUCUGCCUGCAACAGCAUUUAACUGCAGUGUUGUCCAGAGGGAGGCUACUUAUGAUUAUGGAGACUGAUCGGAGGCUGCAAGGAAUCAUGAUGAAGAUCAAGAUGGCGGUGUGA